AUGACCUUGAUAUUCAAUCCCAUCGAAGAUAAAAACGUUCGCGUGGGGACAAAAAACUAUGUGAAGAUGAUGAGGAAACUAGUUGCCGGUGACUUCAACCGCAAGGGCUGGACAAGGGAACGAAAAGUGGCCCUUGAAGACUUGAUGAUUGAGCGUUUGCCCCUAUUCCUACUUGAAGAACAAGAAAAAAGAAGAGAUGCGGCUCGUAAGGCCCAGGCAACUCGUACUGCCCCACAGAGACAAGCCAUUGCUCGUAAGGCCACUGUUACUCUGAGGCGCAAAAAAAUGGAGCAUGAUCAGGAUCUCGCUCGCGAAAUGGCCGCUCAAAAGGCCAGGCGUUCUGCGGCUGCCAAACAGGCAGCCGAGACGCGUCGCUCCAAUCAAACGGUUGCUGAUUAUGCUAUUGAAUGGGUACAUCUUCUCUACUGGUGUGAGCAUAAUGAUUCACAAUUUUAUCGAGAACGCCAAUAUACAGAAGGAAACAGAUUUGCCAAGUCAAAAGAUUCUCGCUAUGUGCAAGUGCAAGCACUACGCGCAGAGAAAGGAGAUGCUUGGAUGCAUGACAUUGCAUGGAAAGAGGAUGAGUUUGAGGAAAAAUUCAGCAAUGUUGAAAAUGCAUGCUUCCGAGAAUCAUUGUCGAGACAAAUGAACCAUGUGUUCCCACAUGUCCGAGGUCAAUUGACUUUGGAGAAAACAAAACAAUUGAUUGAAGCGUACGAAACAGAACAUGGUAUACUGGUCUUGAAUACAGAGUCUGACUACAAUGACAAUUUCAUCAUUCUCGAAACCGUUGUGUUAUCCCGCGUUAAUCUCUCCAAUGGAGUGAAACUGGAUGAGAUGAUGCUCUUUGACGAGCAACAAGAGGAUGGAAUGAUUAUUCGUCCUGACAGUCUUCCAGAAGGUCAAUGUCUAAUCAAUGCUGUGAGAAAUGUUUGGGCUUAUGGAAGCAAACGGGCUCAAAGGAAAGGAUGUCGAGAAAUUCUAGAUGACAAAUGGCUAAUGAAUGCGAUGAAGAUAGACUCACUUGAUAAUGGUGCCAAUUUGAAACAUUUGAACAAUUUGAACGAAGAAAUGCUCAAAUUGGGAUAUGUGGGUUCAUACUACUGCAUCGACCUUUGUAAAGCAUUUGUGUCUAGAAUGCAGUAUUUGCAGGAUGAUAUUGCAGAUUUGUCGAAACGCAUGAAGAAAGAUGUCGGUAAAGACUGGAAGUUCAAGUGGACAUUACCUCCUUUGUAUGGUUUUAUUUACAACAAUCAUUUCUCGGAAAUAUGCGACGAGAAAUUGCAAAAAUCCUUGCGAGAAAGAACCACAGCCCAGAGAGUGCAAUCGGAACACGCUGACACAAAAAGGAAACGGGGUUCCAAGGGGAAGACUGAAGAAGAAGAUGAAGAUGAAGAAGAGUACGAAGAAGAUUAUGUGUUCAUUGACAGAGGCAAUGUCGAAGAAAUUGUGAAGAACAUUUUGCACCGGGAAGUGGAUGGCAACGUACAAAGUUCGACUGAUGGGUGGAGGACCAUUUACCUGCUCAAAGACUGCAAGGACUUUUUUGUCAUGGAAUCAGUCUUCUUAGAAUACAUCAAACAAACUCAGAAGAUUCCACAGUGUUAUCGUACCAGCAUGUAUGAGAUGCCUCUCCCCUAUCCGGUAUUCUCGUUCUUUGAUACUGUUGAGCCUUACGAUGCUGCAAAAAGUGACUUUGGUAAAAUGGCAGGUUUGUACUUUGUCAAGACAAGGAAUGUCAUACCUUGCGAAGGCGAUGGAUGGUACGUCAAUGCUAUCGUUGAUAAGUUAUGCAAAGAGAACAUCCAGCAUGAGAUUACACACAUGAUUCUUGCUAGCCGUGCCCUCCCUGGAAACUAUUUCUGCAAGUACAUCAAUCUGAUGGUAGGAGCACUCGGAAGCAAGGGUGCGAAACUACCAAUCAACGGUCUUGUAGGACUGUUUGGGAUGAAAUUCAGUAAAAGAUACUUCAAAUCUGUAUUCUUCCCGACACAGGAAGAAGCCGUAGACUAUUUUCAAAAAUGGCAAGCCGAAGGUCAAUGGAACGCUGCAAUAACACAGAAGUUUUUUCGUGAUUUACACGGUCUUGACUUGUUUCAAACAACAGCGUAUCAAAACGUCAAAACAUUUGACUCCCAUCGCCCAAUACGCAAGCAAAUCAUGGAUUAUGCAAACUGUCUCUUAUACGACAUGAUUAAGGAAACGGUCGGUGGAAUUGAUAAAGUCUUGGCCGUCAAAACCGACUGUAUUGUCGUAAGGAAGCAAGAUGCUUUCAUAAAUCACUUAUGGAAAUAUCAUAUUCCAGAGGACUUACCAGAGUUGCAUAAGGACAUCAAUACUGCACGACGAGCCGACACUGGAGUCCGACAACGUUGGAUAAACAGAGUCGAUUUACGUAUUUGCAAAGGCGACGAUGGGGUACAAAUGUUUUUGGAUGCUAUCAGAGUUGGUCAAUCUGCCAGGAUACAAGGAGAUGGCAGUUGCGGCAAGUCCGUUCUCUUGAAAGGACUUGAAAAAUAUUUCAUCAAGCAGGGCAGAAAGGUUCUUGUCAUAGCACCAACGAAUGCCGCUGCCAAUAGGGUUAAAGGAAAAACAAUUCACAAAGGAUUGAAAAUCGGUCAGGGGGAUGAAAUUGCCCAUCUGAAAAACAAUAUCCCGAAUGUUCUACUUAUAGAUGAAAUUUCCCAAAUCCCUUCCUAUCUAUGGAAUAUCAUAUAUAUUUACAAGCAAAUGGGAUGUCGGGUGUUCCUUGUCAGAGAUUCAAAACAACUACCUCCUGUUGAACCAUGGGAAAACAUUCUUUCUGAUGACUAUCUAGAGACCAAACUUGUGGCAGAUAUUGCUGAUGGCAAUUACAUCAGGCUUACGGAAAACCAUCGUUUUCUUAAUGACCCAACAAAUGAGAUGCAUAAACUGACCGCAUCGAUUCUAAAUGAAGGAACUGAUGUUGUUUUCCCAGACAGCAUGUAUGUGGAGAAUGAAAGUGAAAUACUGGACUUUAGAUUGAAUAUCGCAUUUACAAAUCAAGUUUUUCACCUCUUCGAAGAUACCAUUCAGCAAGAAUAA